CAAUGAUUAAUCCGGGAGUAGCGGUUCCAAAUUGACUGGGUGAACUCAGAAGGGCUUCGCUCCUUAUCUGAAGAAGAACUUGAAAAGAAAUAUGCUUCAACGGCCAAAAAUGGCGCCCAAAUCUCUCCUCUCACCCUCAUUCUCCAUUUCUUCAUUCUCUUCUUUCUCCACCCUAUCUCCUCAGAAGCUCUCAAACCCUAACCCUAACUUCCCUUUCAAAUUCAAUCGAACUCAAAUUUUCUGUAAAAUUACUGAUUCACGAAAUCCAACACAACAACAACAAAAAGUAGGCGCAACCGAACAAGUAUCAGUAGAAAUUGAUGGCGAAGGUGCCGCUGCCCCAACACGUGGUGACUUAUUCUUCUCCCGUCAAAAAUCCAUGGCUGAUGCUGCCAUAGUUCUUUCUAUUGAAAAGAAACUAAGGCAGAAAAAGAGAAGAGAAAAACCAAAGGUUUCUGCAGUUUCUAUUGCUAGUUGCUACGGCUGUGGCGCUCCGUUACAAACUUCAGAAGUUGAUGCUCCUGGUUAUGUUGAAUUGCAAACUUACGAAUUGAAGAAGAGGCAUCGCCAGCUAAAGACAGUAUUAUGUGGAAGGUGUAAGUUAUUAUCACAUGGACAUAUGAUAACUGCUGUUGGUGGAAAUGGUGGUUAUUCUGGUGGUAAACAGUUUGUUUCCGCAGAAGAACUUCGUAAUAAAUUAUCUCAUUUGCGGUAUGAGAAAGCAUUGAUAGUCAAAUUGGUUGAUAUUGUUGAUUUCAAUGGCAGUUUUUUGGCACGCAUACGUGAUCUUGCUGGUGCAAAUCCAAUUAUAUUAGUUAUAACUAAGGUUGAUCUUCUCCCAAAAGGAACUGAUCUUAAUUGUGUUGGUGAUUGGGUUGUAGAGGCCACAACAAAAAAGAAGCUCAACGUUCUUAGUGUUCACAUGACCAGCUCAAAGUCUUUGGCUGGAGUUUCUGGAGUUAUAGCUCAGAUUCAAGCCGAGAGGAAGGGGCGGGAUGUUUAUAUUUUGGGGGCAGCUAAUGUCGGAAAAUCUGCCUUCAUCAAUGCUCUAUUGAAGACGAUGUCUCAAAAGGAUCCCAUAGCGGCUGUGGCACGGAGAUAUAAACCAAUUCAAUCUGCUGUCCCUGGAACUACCUUAGGUCCAAUCGAGAUUGAUGCUUUCAUUGGAGGUGGGAAAUUGUUCGACACACCUGGAGUGCAUCUUCACCAUAGGCAAGCAGCAGUUGUUCAUUCAGUAGAUCUUCCUGCCCUCGCUCCUCAAAGUCGUCUAAGAGGCCAAUCAUUUCCUGUACCUUCUGGUGGGAUAACAUCAAGCAAAGCAGAAGAAAUUAAUGACUUGAAUGGGUUUUCCAUUUUUUGGGGUGGUCUUGUCAGAGUUGAUGUACUAAAGGUUCUUCCAUCUACACGCUUAACAUUCUACGGACCGAAGGCACUGCCAAUUCAUAUGGUUCCAACUAUUGAAGCAGAUGACUUUUAUCGAAGAGAAAUUGGAGUUUUGUUGAAGCCUCCAACUGGCAAUCAAAUAACAGAAUGGGAAGGGCUUCAAUCAGUGCGGCAAUUGCAAAUAAGAUUCGAAGACCCAAAGAGGCCUGCUUGUGAUGUUGCUAUCUCGGGUUUAGGAUGGAUAGCAGUCGAGGCGAUAACCAAUCUGCAAGAGAUAUCUAGCUCAAUGAGUUCUGUGGACAAUGCAGAAGAGUUACAUUUGGCUGUUCAUGUCCCCAAGCCUGUUGAGAUAUUUGUGCGGCCUCCCAUUCCUGUCACCAAGGCUGGAGGAGAGUGGUACGAGUACCGAGAGCUGACUGAGAUGGAGGAGGAAUUUAGACCUAAGUGGUACCAUUGACCUACUACGCUUCGUUGUAAUCUGUAAAACAAACUUUUGCGGCCCUCGUGCUUCUAAAAUUUUGUGCAACCAUCAGAGUACAAGUGUUAUCAUGUAGUCCGACCAAAAUAAAUAAAGGAUAGCAGAAAAGAAGGUGAAAGGAAAGAAAUGGGAAAAAAAAUAAAAAUAAAUAAAAAACCACCACUAUGUGUAUGCAUGUGUGGCUUGGGCUUUCUCGAA